UAUCGACAAGUCUUUCCUCCACAUUGUAAGUGCAUUUUAUGUCAACUGAAUUAUCGCCUCUCUCAGUUCAGUUGUUGUUUCUGUUCGUUGGCAAAGCCUGAACAUCUGCACUAACAAUUAAAAUAUUUUUCGUGAAUUCAGCGACCUUCCAACCAAAACGAAAACAAUCUGGUUUCAUUUUUUUUGAAAACCAACGAAUCCAGUGUCAUUUAGUGUGGCCAAACGAUCGCCCAUUUAAGGAGCAUAAUAGAACCAUUUGCAAAUCCAUAUCGAAGAAAAAAGCACCAAUUAAUACGUGUAUUUUGUGUGUCAUAAAGUGAUUUAUCGUCGAAAGUAAGACGAACUAGAAAAUAAAAUAAAAACAAACAGCACAACGUAAACGAGAACACAAUUAUGAAGUGAAUUCGGACCGAAUUGCUCUUGUUCGCAAUUGAGACGUGAUUUUGCUAUUUUCGUUUCUCGUUCAUUGUAAAUGACUCCUCACUAGAUUAUUUCAAGACGUUCAAGUGCACCAACACCAAUAUUAUAUCAAUAGCAGUGUAUUUUAUAGCUUUUUAAAAAUAUUCAAUUUGCUGUUUUCAUUUGUUGUUUUAUGCUUUGACUGUUGCCUAUUUACUAUUAUUUGCAACAACAAAAACCACCAUAAAUUUACUAUUUGCACGAAUAAAAAAAAUCUGUAGUGUUUGUUCAGCGUAAAUAAUAUCCAUUUGGACAAGCACAAUGUCAGACGCUCUUCUAGCCGAUCUUCAAAAUAGCGUGCCAGGAAGCAAACAAAAUCCAUUGAACCCAGCGUACACGGGACAAAAUGGAUCCGCCAGCUCCGGUUAUGGAUCAUUGCGUUCAAGGCAGCCUCCACAAGCGCCUUAUCAAGAAGUUCGAAAGGUGAUAGUAUCGGAUCAGAAAGCAACACCUGGUUCGCAAUACUCACAAACAAACACACAUUAUAAUAAUCAAAAUGGAACUGCUGGCAAUUUAUCGGAAUUGGACACACUUCUGCAAGACCUGAGUCAAGCUCGGUACAGUUCAAAUCUGAACAAAAGCGUAAAAUCUAGUCUUGGAUCACAAAACGAAUUGAAUGAUUCGAUUAAACGGCCAUCGGUUGAUGAUUUAUUGGAAGAAUUGAAUAAUGCACAGGCCAGCGGACCUGUUUAUGCCGUGCCAAAUCGAUUGGUUGGUUCGAGCAAAUCACCAGGAGGAAAACAUGUUACGAUCACAGUACGUGAAACGAAAACGGAACGAAUGACCCCAGUGAAUCAACAUUACCCUGGUGGUGAUCAAGAAGUUAUUCAAAAGGUCAUACAAAGUUCAAAUACAACACCCGUUCCGUAUGCGUCGAGUGCUACGAAGGAUCUCGACGAAUUGAUGGCAUCGUUGUCUGACUUCAAGAUUAACUCCAGCACUCAUCAGCAACAGACGGUUACUGAGUACGCAAAACCAAAUAAAGGUAUUUCGUAUUCGCAUCAGGAAACAACUAUUCAUCACGAUCAAUUAGAUUCUAUGCUAGGAAGCCUACAAGAAAACAUGAAUCGUCAAGGAGUUACCACAACACAAAAAGGAUGUUGCAGCGCUUGCGACAAACCAAUCGUUGGUCAAGUGAUCACUGCUUUGGGUCGUACCUGGCAUCCGGAACAUUUCACAUGCAGCCACUGCUGCCAAGAAUUGGGCACACGCAAUUUCUUUGAAAGAGACGGACAACCGUAUUGUGAACCAGACUAUCACAAUUUGUUCUCGCCACGUUGUGCUUACUGCAAUGGUGCCAUUUUGGAUAAAUGCGUUACCGCAUUAGACAAGACCUGGCAUACAGAACACUUCUUCUGCGCUCAAUGCGGCCAACAAUUUGGCGAAGAAGGUUUCCAUGAACGCGAUGGUAAACCAUAUUGCCGCAACGACUACUUCGAAAUGUUUGCACCAAAAUGUAGUGGAUGCAACCGUGCCAUCAUGGAAAACUACAUUUCAGCAUUGAACGCUCAAUGGCAUGCUGAAUGCUUCGUUUGCCGGGACUGUCGGCAACCGUUUCAAAAUGGAUCGUUCUUUGAUCAUGAAGGUCUUCCUUAUUGCGAGACACACUAUCACGCAAAACGAGGAUCACUUUGUGCUGGUUGCUCCAAACCCAUAACAGGCCGAUGCAUCACAGCCAUGUUCCGAAAGUUCCAUCCAGAGCAUUUUGUCUGUGCAUUCUGUUUGAAACAGCUCAAUAAAGGCACAUUCAAGGAACAAAAUGACAAACCAUACUGUCAUGAGUGCUUCGACAAACUUUUCGGAUAAAAACGACGUGCACACAAUACCACUAAGACGACACACACACACGUACGCGGAUAGAGGAAAAACACUAACGAAAUUCAGUCAAUUCAAAUGAAAAAGAGAUGAUUUUAUUAAUGUAAUUAAUAAAACGAAACGCGCAUUUCUGUGAGAAAAUAUGAAAAUUUGAAAAUGUAUAUCGUUAAGGUGAACUAUUUUAUUUGAACGAAAAGUAGAGUAAAGAAAAAAAAGUUCGUUUGCAAGAAAACUGAUUUGCCAUACAUUUGCUUGUUGAAUGUAAAUAAAGCAAAUUGCUGGAAUCAAGGACUAUUCGCAUUGAGAGACGAUAUUCAACCGAUUCUAUUUAACGUUAUUUUAUAGAUUUAAUUUUGCGAAUUACACGCAAGAUCAUUUGUGCUUGCAUUGCAUCGUUUAUCUAAAUAUAAUUUCUCUAAUUGUA